AUGCCCCCCCCCGUCUCUCAACCUUCCGCCUCGCUCUCUUCGUCGACUACCGCGACUGUCGACCCUGCAACCACCGCCACGGCAGAGUCUCACCCUCAGAAGAAUACCUUCAACGUCCCGUCCACGCAGCAGACGACCAUGCCACUCCCGUUGCGGUCUCCGUCGACCGUCUGCGCAUCACAACAUCCCACCCUCCAGAUGCAGGGCUUGCCGAAGGUCCUGAACACGACAUCCGAUCCCGCUCAAGCGGUUCCCGCACCGGGCAUUGCCCAGCCAGUCCCGCAAUCGGGCGCUGCACCAGCUCCACAACCGGGCACCGACCACUGCUACCCACACCCAAUAAACGGCGUCGGCGGCCCAACCGCUACCGCACCCUUUCUGCAAGACUUUAGUCUGGUCGCCGAAGCCGCCAAGCGGGCUCAGAUGUCGAUUGUCAUGCGCGAUCUCGAGAGUGUGACCCUAUAG